AUGGCCGCCGAGAAGCCCGAUAAGAAGGAGAAGAAGGACAAGAAGAGAAGCGACGAGUCCGGCGUCUCAAAGUCCAAGAAGGAGAAGAAGGAUAAGAAGGACAAGAAGGAGAAGCUCGCCGCUGCCCUUGAGGAGAAGCUCCAGCAGGAUGUCCCCGUCGCUGCCGCUGCCGCUGCCGCUGCCGCUGCCGCUGCUGCUGCCAACAUGGACGAGGAUUCUGAUGCUGAGGAGGAGAAGGCCGCUGAGCUGCCUCUUGAGCGCGUUGUCGUUCCUUUCGCCCUCCCCGUGGCGGAUGAGAAGGGCAUGAAGAAGGUCUACAAGACCAUCCGAAAGGCUGCCAAGAACAACACCCUGAAGCGCGGUGUCAAGGAGGUCGUCAAGACUCUCCGAAAGUCUCCCCCUUCCGCCCCCGGCAACACCUCUUUCCCCGGCGUUGUAAUCAUCGCCGGCGACAUCUCUCCCAUGGACGUCAUCUCUCACCUCCCCGUGCUGUGCGAGGACCACAACGUGCCCUUCAUCUUCGUCACGUCGCGCGCUGAGCUCGGCGCUGCCGCCAAGACCAAGCGCCCUACAUCCGUGGUCAUGAUCAUGGAGAAGGCCGAGGGCAAGAAGUCAAAGGACAAAUCCGCUGACAAGGACGGCGAGGAUGAUGGUGAGGCGUUCGGCGAGAGCUAUGCGUCCCUCGUCAAGUACGUGCAGAAGGAGUAUGGCAAGCAGGCUUUCUGGGUCAAGGGUGGAACCAAGUACUAG